AGGUACGCAUGCAAUUGGCAGGUAAAGCUGGGGGAGGCAUGUUGACGACGGCGCAAGAUAUCAUCAAGCGGGAGGGUUUCGCAGGUUUGUACAGCGGCCUCUCUGCAGCCAUCGCCCGCCAAAUGUCCUACACAACCAUGCGCUUGGGUUUCUUCGACGAGAUCAAAGCUUUCCUCGCCCAACGUCAGGUGCAAGAGAAUGCCUUGACGCGGUCCCUGUCCGCCAUGACGGCAGGCGCCUGUGCCUCCUUCCUGGCUUGUCCUGUGGAAGUGUGCCUGGUGCGCAUGCAAGCCGACGGGAAGCUUCCCCCUGAGCAACGACGGGGCUACAAGCACGUGGGGGACGCGUUACUGCGUGUGGCCAGGGAGGAGGGCGUGCUCACGUAUUGGCGGGGGGCGGGGCCCACGGUGAUGCGGGCAAUGGUGGUGUCCACCACGCAAUUGGGGACGUACGACCAAGCCAAGGUGACGUUUAAAGAGACGGGACUCCCGGACGGGACCAGUCUGCACUUGAUUUCUUCCCUGACCGCUGGCUUGGUGUACUCCCUCGCUUCCUUGCCCUUGGAUACGGCCAAGACCCGCAUGCAGUCCCAAGCCGCUCCCAGCACUCCGGGAGGCGCCUUGGCGUAUCGAUCGACGGGCCAGACCUUGAUGAAAAUCGCGUCGGAGGAAGGAGUAGGGGCCUUGUGGAAGGGUUUUGGGGCGUAUUUCCUCCGGGGAGGAGGGCACACGGUGUUCAUGUUUUUAUUCUACGAGCAAUAUCGUGCAUUGGCGCGGUCUUUUUACAGAUGAAUUCUCAUGGAGUUGGGAUAUUUGAGAAACUGAAGUGGCGAGGGGCGGGCUGAGGGAGUUGCAUCCUGAAUUUUCGCUCGAUUUUGAUGUAAUGCAUUUCGGGUGCUGGCCAAUGUAACAGGCAUCAAACUGAUGACGUGUUCGAUUGGAUUUUGGUGCACUUUUAUUCGGAACAAAUAUAAUUAAAAGUCAGAAAUAAAGGCGCAGGAGGGG